AUGAGAGGCUUUACGCUGAAUAAUGUGUGCCACUGUAGCUUAUUUGCUUGUCUUGUACUCUUUUCUUUCAUGUCUUUCACUGCUGCAGUCAGUUUCGACCUGUCUGAGCUUCGGAAUAAAGUUGCAAAAAUUAAAGUGAAUCCAAGAGGCAAUCUUUGGGCAACAGGACAUUUCAUGGGCAAGAAGAGCGUGAUGGAUACCCCCCUGCUGCCUCCAGCUCAGGGGCAGGGUGUCGAUGCGCUGGAAGUCAGCCUCCCCGUGGAGCAGAGCGCGCUCGUGGAGCUCUUUCGCGAGUUCCUGCGGGGGGCGUUGCAAGCGCAGGUGGAUACACGAGAGAGCCGCACGAAAAAUCAGGAGGCGGACAUGCUGAUGAAGAUUUUAGAGAGCUACUUCCAAAGCCGAAAGUGA